CACGCAGCCGCGGUCGGGCGGCGGCGGCGGGCGCGGGCGGCCUGGCUGGGGCUGGUUAAAGGGACGAGUUGCAAACAGUUCAGGAAGUGACAAGUCGAUUUCCUCCUCUCUGGGAGCCGCUCGGUACAAAGCGCUCGGCGCCGGCAGGAGAGCGUGCGCGCGGCGGACGCGCGGCGGGCAGCCCGGACGACUUGGCGAGCGCCGGCGGCGACGGCGCGGGGCCGGAGCGCGAAGCGUCCCGCCGCGCACAGGAAUUGACCACACUUGGCCAUUUCCUAGAAGAGCCUCACCCUGAGGGUGAGUGGCUGAUGGGGAGCUGUUUCUGCUGAUAUCUGUCACCUGGGAGGUACCCAGGACGUCUCCUCUGCCCAAGUCUGUCCAACUGAAGAUGGCUCGUGCCCACCCUGGGAUGGAGCCCCAUGCCUGAGGUCCUUACCAUGGUGAUGAUCCUAAGUAAAAGCCUCGACAAACAGGGAGCUGACUCCAUAGCAUGCAGGACCUUCAACCCUGAGCUGCACACGCCAAAGAAGAUGAGUCAAGGACCGACACUUUUCUCUUGUGGAAUUAUGGAAAAUGACAGAUGGCGAGACCUGGACAGGAAAUGCCCUCUUCAGAUUGACCAACCAAGCGCCAGCAUCUGGGAAUGCUUGCCUGAGAAGUGUCAGGACAGUGCUCUGUGGCACCGGGAGGCAGCAACCGCCUGCGCAGUGACCAACUUGAUCAAAGACCUCAGCCUCAGCGACCACAAUGGGAACCCCUCAGCACCCCCUAGCAAGCGCCAGUGCCGGUCACUGUCCUUCUCUGAUGAAAUGUCCAGCUGCCGGACAUCAUGGAGGCCCUUGGGGUCCAAAGUCUGGACUCCUGUAGAAAAGAGACGAUGUUACAGCGGGGGCAGCGUCCAGCGCUAUUCCAAUGGCUUCAACACCAUGCAGAGGAGCUCCAGUUUCAGCCUCCCUUCCCGGGCCAACGUGCUCUCCUCGCCCUAUGACCAGGCGGGCUUUCACCACCGAUUUGGAGGCCAACCCUGCCAAGGGGCACCAGGCUCAGCCACCUGUGGACAGGCAGGCGACAUCUGGAGCUCUGACCCGAACCCCAUGGGAGGGGGCCGGCUUGACAUGCAGCGGUCCCUCUCUUGCUCGCAUGAGCAGUUUUCCUUUGCAGAGUACUGUCCACCCUCAGCCAACAGCACACCUGCCUCAACGCCAGAGCUGGCGAGACGCUCCAGUGGGCUCUCCCGCAGCCGCUCCCAGCCAUGUGUCCUUAAUGACAAGAAGGUCGGCGUUAAGCGGCGGCGCCCUGAAGAGGUGCAGGAGCAGAGGCCUUCCCUAGACCUUGCCAAGAUGGCACAGAACUGUCAGACCUUCAGCAGCCUCAGCUGUCUGAGCACGGGGAUGGAAGACUGCGGCCCCCACAGCCCUUUCGCCCUCAUCAGUAGCACCAGGUCCUGGACCGCCUUGCUCUCGGCCUCGGCCUCCAGCACGGGGGGCAGGACCCCUGCCGGGACCCCGGUCCCCGAUCCUCUCCCCCCAUCCUUUGAUGACCACCUCGCCUGCAAGGAGGAGCUGUGCUGCGAGGAGUCGGAUGGCUGUGCCCUGGACGAGGGCUACGGCAGGAGGGGGGAGUCGGCUCCAGCCUGGCGGGACCGCAGGGCCAUUGAGAACAGCCCCUGCUCCCUGGACGGCGAGCUGGACAUUGAACAGAUAGAGAACAACUGAGGGGGUCGUGGGUCCCUGGUCAGGGGUGGGGGUGCAUUAGAAUCGACAGCCUCCCUCUGGGCACUAGGUGGGCACUUGAAAAGGGGAGCCCCACUCCUGGGCCUGACGGAAGCUUCUGGAGGGCACUGGCUCCCAGGGGGCGAGCCCACCCACCUCCCAGAGAGGCUUUCCAGUCUUCAGGGUUCCUGGCUCAGUGCAAGCCGACCUGGCCACGCCACGCAGUGGAACGCUCAGCCUCUCACAGCAUGGCAGCCGUGGUCCACGGAACUGCUGUAGCCGAUAAAGCAGCUUCUUGAUUUGGGUCUCUUCCCCCUUUUCCUCGUGGGACAUCGGCCGCCCCACUGGGCAGUUGUGGCAUUUCCUGCAGGGCUGGCCUGCUCUGCAUGCUGACUCCCGGCCGGCGUUUCCGACUGGUGGGGCUUGUCGGGGCGGCCUGGGCUCAGGUCCAUCCAGUGGUGUCAAGGCCCUUCUCGGCCUCCUGCUCAGGUUCAGUUUUGGGGGGUCGGCCCCACAGCUUCGUUCACUCAGUUUUAUUCCGUGCCUUCUCUCCCAGGUCUCCCUGCUUCGGGCUUGGGAAAGUUCGGGAGACGCUUCCUUCUGUAGUAACACCUUGGCCUUAAUUCCAAGUGUGGAAGAUAGAGAUGCCAGGGUGGCCCUCCACGUCUGAACUCUUGGGGGCCAGGGAACAGCUUGGGUGCUUGUUAGAGGUCAGCUGUGUUGGGUAGACAUUUGGUGGAUCUUUUGGC